AUGAGAAAGGUUAUUGCGGUAGACGACACUCAUUUAUACGGCAAGUACGAGGGGGUGCUGCUAAGCACGAUUGAACAGGAUACGGAGAACCAUAUUUAUCCCAUUGCCUUUUGCGUCGUUGACAAGGAGAAUGAUGCGUCUUGGAUGUUCUUCUUUAAGAAACUAAAGUCUAUUGUGGUCGAUGGACCAUAUUUGUACUUUAUCUCCUAUAGGCACAAGAGCAUCGCCAAUGGUAUCGCGAAGGCAUACAACCAUGCUCAUCAUGGGUACUAUAUGAGACACCUAGGUGAAAAUCUCCGGGUAAAUUACCACUAUGGAGAACACCUCUAUCUAUUCUACAAUGCGGCAGAGGCAUAUUCUCCCAAGGAGUUUAGCGAUCAUUUUGUGGAAUUCAAGAACUACUAUCUCGAGGCAGCCUUUUUCCUCGAGCAUGAGCUUGGUUUUAAGAAAUGGAGCAGAGCAUAUUUUCCCGGCAAUAGGUUAGACGUGAUGACCACAAAUAUUACCGAGUUGGUGAACGCUAUGUUGAUUGUUGAAAGGGAGUACCCUGUGGCAUCCAUAUUCAAUUCGAUUGCCAAGAGGUUUGGUGUAAUAUUUAGGGAGAGGCGUGCCUACAUCCUCAAAUAUAAGGAUAACAAAUUUGUUCCUGCCACCGAAAAGAUCUUAAGAGACAAUAUGACCGAGGGCAACUCCUUCUAUGUGGAGAAAAUAAGCGGGGAUGAAAGGCAAUACACUGUGUUUGGAAGUGGCUAUACGACCAAAGUCGCCCUACUGGAAAGGUCUUGUUCUUGUAGGAAGUUUGACCUGGUCAAAAUACCAUGCGAUCACGUGAUGGUCGCUUUGCGAUAG